AUGAAAUUGGUUCGUCCAGGUGCUUUUGAACAUAUGCCGCCAUAUAUUCUGAAGUUCAUAAUCUCUCCUCAGAUGACUCGGAUCGACGUGCGCGACUAUCUGGUAAAAAUAUACGAUCUUCCGGUUCGACAGGUUCGAAUCCUGAACAAAAUGGGUAAUCGCCGUUAUAAUUGUGGCGUUUGCAGCUGUUUUAUUCGGAGUUAUGCGAUUCUGCAUCAUGAUCUCUAUCUGCAACAGUAAAU